CUGGUUUAAAGGACAAAAACACAAUUGUAUAAAUUAUAUCGAUAAUUCGAAAUAUAAAAUAGUUUUAUCGUUAUGACUCGACAAUAUUUUUAAGAAAUUAGAGAAUAGACAUUAUGGGCUAACAUACGAAAAGCUCGUUUAUAUCAUAGACCCGUUUAUAUAAGACGGAUGUCACUGAGGUUAUCUAAAUGAUAUUUGUAUGAUUUCUUUCUCUCUCUCAGCUUUCACAUCUGGAUAAUUUAAAACAGGAUCGUUUUCACAAAUUAUCUAAGGUAUAUUAACAAUACUAUUAGGACAAAAAGAUGCCGGCAAUGCUAGUUGGACCACCUCAACGCAAUGAACAAAUGUGGCAGGCAUUAAAAAUUCACAUUAUGAGAGAACGACAACGAAAGAAACAGGAACAAGAAGCUGAUGCAGAAGAAGAACGUUUACGUAAGGAAAGAGAGCGACAACAGAAACAAGAUGUGAUGACACUAGGAGAAACACGAGAACAAAUCUCUACCUUGGAGAAUGAAUUAGCCCAAUUAAAAGAUGAGAAACAUCAGUUGUUUUUACAAUUGAAAAAGGUUUUAAAUGAGGAUGAUAGAAGACGACAACUUAUAAAGGAAACCAGUGUUUCUUCAGAAGUCUUAACAACAGUAGGAGGAUAUCCAGCAACAGGUCCAAGAGUGGUACAUCCUCAAUUAUUUUUACCAAUAACACGAAGCAGCAGUCCUCUUUACAAAGUUGCAGUUGGUGCUCCAACACAUCUGUUACCAAGCGGCACCUUAAAAAGGACUCACAGUCCAUCACCACCACCUAUUGCAUCUCCAUACCAUAGCGUAUAUGGAUAUAAACCACCACCAUCCAUUCCAAAUUACAAUCCCCCUCCUCCUAAAUCUGAGGAAGCUGCUAGACGAUCUAGUGAUUCUCGAGCAGUUCUUUGGAACAAAAAUAAUCAAUAUUCCGCGUCGAAUUUUUACUCGACGCCUACAGGCCAGAGUGUUUACAGUUAUUCUGCACCUGUGUCACAACCGUCCCGAGAAUCCUCAGAAUCAGCUAAACCUGUUUAUCUUUCGGGAGGUAGAGCACCACUAGCUACACAUCAGACUGCAUAUGUAACUAAUUUACACUCGAUGGAACAUAAAGGUGCUUAUGGUGAGGAUAAGUUUUAUCUGCGACCGACGAAUCAUGUUACUGUUCAUGGUGGAGCUAUUCCGAUUCAACAACCACCUCAGGGUGCAAAAACAGGAGGAAUUACUUCAGGUUAUCCUGUACGAGCACCUCAACCACCUCCUGGUCCAUAUCCACCGGCACCACCACCAUCUCCUGGUACUUAUGUCAGCGGCGCGGCUGCUAAUGUACCUGGUAGACUAUUAUAUACACAACCUGGAGCUCGUUAUCUUCAACGAGAAAUAUAAAAAAAUACAUGUCUAUUCACUGAAAGAAAUUUAAGAAUCUGAUAAAAUAAUGGAAUCAUUAAUAAGUAGAUUUCAAACUGUGCACCAUCUAUUGUAUAAUGUUUAACCAUCUAUCAUUGUUGAUAUCACGACAUGUCACUACAAGCAAAGCCGGAAAUUUUGAUUUUGCAAUGAAUGAAUUUAUAAAUUAUUUAUAA